AUGCGCGAGUUGGGCCAUCUUGCAAACUCCCUGGCCACGCCGGCACAGCUCGAGCACUCCUCGUCGUCGCUGGACGGCGUCCCGGCUGAUCUCGAGAGGUCGGUUCGGUAUGCGGGCGUGAAGCUGACACAGGCGGCCGGCGUGCUGCUUCAGCUUCCCCAGGACGUCGUCGCGCAGGCCAUAGUCGUCUUUACCAGGUUCUGGGUCGGGCCUGAAGGUGGCAGUCUGGCAGCUUAUUCAGUCAAAGAUGUGUCUGCGGCAGCUCUCUACAUGACGGCGAAGCUCUCGUUCUCUCCCGUCUCGCCGCGCUCGGUUCUAAACGUGUACACCUACCUGCUCUCCCCCAGUGCCUCGCCGUUGUCCUUUGUCAAUCCGGAUGGGACGCCCGAACGCCCGAGCCCGGAGUCCUUCUACCUGUCCGAGGGAGCAUACCAGAUCGAACGACAGAACCUGAUGAAGGUCGAGUCGGCCGUCCUGCGUACCUCUUCCUUUCACACCAGGGUCGUCCUGCCGCAUACCAUCGCCCUGACGUAUCUGCAGACACUCAAAGUCGCCUCUCCGUCCGUGGCAUCGCGCACUUUCGCACAUCUCAACGCCGCCUUGUUCUCGCCUCAGCUGCUGUAUCUCACUCACCAGCCGAAUGCGCUGGCUGUCUCUGCCAUCUAUCUUGCAGCCAGGGAGGAAGGGGUCAAGAUAGUCGACAGUGAGUGGUGGGAGGUGUUUGACGUUGACCGGGAAGAGCUUGGGUUUCUCGUCGUUGCGAUGAGGAGUAUGGAAGGGUUUGCCAGACAUGAACAGGAUGGCUGGCAGGGGAAAGCUGUUCCUCUGAGUAUCGGUGGCAUCGAGAGGGAGAUGUCUCUCCGUCAGCAUGCAAAUUCUCAAGAGUGA